AUGAAUGAGCUGCUUCUUGAUGGAUCGCUAACUGAAUGGUUUUUACAGAAAAAAUUGUUCCUUCAAUAUGGCGGGAAUAUUUUAAACUAUCCGUACGACUGGAAAUUAGCUACGCACGUUAUAGGAAACAAUUUUGGUUCUCCAGUUAUUCAAGAAGGCGCUCGAAGAUCGCUUCGACUUGUUAAGACUCAUUGGAUUGAGGAUUGCAUUGAGAAGAAUGCUUUAUUGGAUUAUAUGCCUUAUAGCAGCAACCCAUAUCUGAUCUAUAAGGGAAUUUGCGCUACCACAUGUGAAAUAGAUCCAUUCUUGGCUUCCUUCAUUGAUGACUCUUUGGAAGUUCUAGGGGGGAAGUUCACACCAGUAUUGAUAAAGUCCAUAACGCAUGUAUUUUCCUUUGAUGGAGAUGGUCCAAAGUGUAAAAAGGUAAAAGAAAAGCAAAAUCUUGAUGUCAAAAUCAUUCAUCCGAGAUGGAUUUUUGAUUGUUUGAUUCAAGGGAAGUGCAUUGACCAAAAAUAUUAUCUAUUCCCCAAUCCCGUUUUUCAGCAGAAGCCUGAGGAUAAUAUUGAUAACAAUUUAUUUCGAAACGUAUUCCAUAACAAAAAGGUCUUUUUCUCUGGUGAUCUCAAUCUUCCUACUGCAGCCAAACAGGCUAUCCGCAAAUUUACUGUUAAAUUAGGAGCUGGCAUAGCUGAGUCGGUUCAAAACUGUGAUGUAUUUAUAGGAUUUCAAAGGGAAACAAAUGAGUUCAAGCUUGCAGUCGAAAAAAAAUCUACUAUAGCUACUAUCAAUUGGCUACUGAAUAGUUUUGUAUUAGGGUCUUGGAAGGAUCCCCUAUUGGACGCACUACACUUUCCUUUACCUUCAAAGAAAUUUCUUAAAGGACAAACGAUUGCUUUGACAAAUUAUACAGGAAAAGCUCGGACUUAUCUAGAGAAGUUAAUUGUGGCUUCGGGAGCAUCUUACACGAAAAACCUAAAACCUACGAAUUCUGCACUAAUAGCUGCUUCCUCAUAUGGACAAAAAUAUGGUGCUGCCAAAGUUUGGAAUAUUUCAUCGGUUCAUCAUACCUGGCUAUUCUCGUCGUUUAAGAAUCUUUCGUCUCAGCCAUACUCUGAUUUUCCUGUUCCUCUUGAUGAAUCAUAUAUGGAUUUUUUGCUUCCAUGUAAACUGGACACUAAGAUUUAUACGGAAGUAAAGGUUGCUAAUGACUUGCCCCAUGAUAAUAACGAAGAUUUGGUAAACCAAAGUGGAACAGAAACAACUUUGAUAUCAGAAAUGUCAAAAGAUUUAGAGGAAAGAUUAUUUGAGCGAGAGAAAGAGGGUUUACAGAAGGAAACGGACGAUAAGCCCGAAGAGCGUAACUCAUGUAACAAAGAUUCUAGUCUACCAUUAGCAAAUCCUCUAAUUUCAAAAGAUGUUCAAUUGGAUGAUGACUUACCCAGUAUUAAUGGCCCCAUCAUGGCAGGAUCACCAUCUGAUAACAAUAAAGCAUCAAUUCAUAAUAUCCAGACAAAUAACGAAGAGGACAUUUCGAGACCGUUUUUAAAUAAUAUAACAACGGAUUUGCCACAGGAGUAUAAAGAAGUGGAUGUUAAUCAAGCACCAACAAACAAAAGUACGAUUUCUAGUACCCAGAAUCAGAAAGAACCGGCAUCAACACCUUUACUCACUCCCGCCGUCAUCAUUCCACCGUUAAAAGGCUUUUCUAAUUCCGAGGAAGAAUCACAAGUAUUUUCAAGGCACUCCUCACCUCCAAUUUCCCAAAUACCUGAUUUGAUGCACAUUGAAGAGACUGACGGCAAUGUUCCUUCAACGCAAGAACGGUCAAGAAGUAAGCGAAAAUCGGCUUCUAUGGCACUUUCGAUGCUGCAGAAUGUUGUAAUGCCAGAUGUGGUGGCAUUCGAACGAGAGAAAAGGCUAAAAAAACACGUUGACAGUACAGUCCCAGAAAAGCAAGCAAAUCAAAACAUACCGAAUACAAAUUUAAAAGAACGACGAUAUGUAGUUAUUACUGGAUACGAAACGAAGCCUAGUUCUGAUGACCUGAAAAAGAUUAAUAUAACUAUCAUAUCGAAUCCAAGUAAGUGUACCCAUUUAGUUGCUCCUAGGAUUUUGCGUACGGCAAAGUUUUUAUGUGCUAUUCCAAAAGGACCUCAAGUGGUGACCAUGGAAUGGCUUCAAGAUAGCAUCAAGCAUCGACAUCCUUCUUUGGAAAGUGAAUAUCUCCUGAAAGAUGAGGAAAAAGAAAAAGAGAUCGGCUGUUCUUUACAAGAAUCUUUGCAACGAGCCAGAGAAAAAGGACCAACCCUUCUAAAAGAUUAUGUAAUUUAUUUGACUUCUAAAACAGUUGCUCCAGAAAAUGUUUCCGCUGUUAUGAAUAUAGUGAAAUCGAAUGCCGGAGCUUGUUCUACAAUAAAUAGUUUUAACAAGCGCCUGAUAAAGCAUUUGGAAAACGGAAAUAUAAUUAUUAUUACCUGUCAAGAAGAUAGGCAUAUAUGGGAAAACAUUCGGUCCUCCAUCGAAAGUUAUCCCAACACAUUUCUACAGAAUUACGAUUGGCUUAUGAGAACGAUAUUGAGACAGGAAUUGAAUGUUUCAGAGAAAGUUGCUAGUGAGUUUUCUUAA